CUGCAUGUUUGAUCGCAGUGUGUUGCAUAGGGUUUUAACGCAGCAGCAGCUGAAGCCUCCGCCGUUGAGCCGCAGGGCUUCGAAUAAGCUGUCUUGAAUUUGGAGGAGUUACGGAUGUAGUAGAAGGAGCUGUGCUGCCCCCCGCUCCUCUCAUGCCCACUGCACUGCAUGGCUUCACCUGGUCGUGCCUCUCAUCGUACCACCAUACACCUGAACCCACACCCCCUCAUGCUGUGGACACAGACCUCACACAGACUGCCUAAUGACCGCCUGGAUCGUCUUGCCAGUCAGCCUGUCUGCUUUCUCCAUCACAGGGAUAUGGAUAGUGUAUGCCAUGGCAGUGAUGAACCACCAUGUCUGUCCAGUAGAAAACUGGACGUACAAUGUAACAUGUAGCGAGGAGACUGCUAAAAGGGGCUUCCCGAAGACAUGCUGCACUCCACAGGACAUUCCUCUCAUCAGCAAGUGUGGUUGCUACCCACCUGAGAGCUGUCUCUUCAGUCUAAUAGGCAAUGUUGGAGCCUUCAUGGUGGUGAUGGUCUGCAUGUUACGUUAUGCUCAGGUGAUUGAGCACAGCCACCACUGCUGGGUCAACACUAGUGCUCUGGCAUCUGGCUGCAUCAAUGCCCUGGGUCUGGUCAUGGUGGGCAACUUCCAGGUUGACCAUGCUAGGACUCUACAUUAUGUGGGGGCUGGUGUAGCUUUUCCUGCAGGACUAAUGUUCGUGUGUCUACAGUGCGUGUUGACAUACCGCAUUGCUGAGACAGCACUGGACUACUGGAUGGGCCAUGUGCGAGUGGCUCUGUCAACUGGAGCUCUGGUGGCCCUUGUUCUCAGUGGCAUUUUCUUCAUCCACGAGAGCUUUGUGCUGCAACAUGCUGCUGCAAUCUGCGAGUGGGUUUUCACCAUCCUGAUCCUGGUCUACUACGGCACCUUCACCUAUGAGUUUGGCACCGUCAACAAUGACACCAUGAUGGCCGCCCUCGUCAAGCGCAGUCCUCACAACCUUCAAGGCUCAGGUGUUAUCAUUGGGGGUAUUAGCAAAGGUGUGGCCAUGGGUUGUGGUGCCCGCAGUCUGAAGUCGCCAGGGGGUAGCAGCACCUCUACACACCUCAACUGCACCCCAGAGAAUGUCGCCAUGAUAUAGUAAAUAACCAGCAGGUUAAACAACCUCAGAUUUACACUUUUCACUGAUGCAUGAUGGGAAUGGAGCAUAAGAAUGACAGUGCAUCUGUUGUAUUCAUUAGAAGACAGACUGGUUAUUAUUAUAACAUGGAAGAAAUGUGACAAUGAAUUGUAGCUAUGGUUCUUUAAAUGUAGGGUUCGGCAUGAGACAUAACCAGCAGCACAAAACAAGUCUGUAAAAGGUCUGGAAUAACACACUGCAGAAUAACUGCAGAUGUGAUGAUAUUUGAGUCUACUAAAGCUAUGUUCACACAGCAGGUGAAAAUGGCCCUAAUCUAAUCCGAUUUUAGUUUUAGUCUGUUUCUCUUUCUUUUUAAAUGUGAGCUACAACUGACUAGCGCUGCAACUAAUGAUUAUAUUAGUAAUUAUUUUGCUAAUCUGAUAAUUUAUUUGGUAAUUUAACUAGUUGACUAGUCAAUUAGUCAACAGUUAGUUCUGUUAUGCCCUUAAUCUAUUUAUUUUUCCUUUAAACACGGCUUAAGCCCACACAUCUGUGAACAUUCAGUCUAUGCUUAAAACUUAAUAUAGCAGAGCUUUAUUUUCUCUUUGUCAAGUCAAAUCCACAAAAACUGGAAGCUUGAAGUGGGAUUUAGGGAGCAUCACAGCAGCUACUAGGUCAGGCUGAUAGCUGAGCUUUUAAACAGGAAUUGGCUAAAUCUUACUGUAAAAAAUUUUAAGGCUUUUUAUUUUUAUUUGACACUCCAACCAUAUCCUGUUCAGUCUGAGUCGCAUUGCUGUAAAUCAGAUAUGUAUCAGAUCUGAAUCCCACAUAAUGAAAGUGGCACAAAUCAGAAUGUCAGAUUUUAGCGUGUUUUGUGCCGUUCACACUGCCACACAAAUGACACGUCCAUGUCUGGAAAAAAGAGACCACUUCGGUUUCUGAAUCAGUUUCUCUGAUUUUGCUAUUUAUAGGUAUAUGUUUGAGUAAAAUGAACAUAGUUGUUUUAUUCUGUAAACUAUGGACAAUAUUUCUCCCAAAUUCCAAAUAAAAA